ACAACAACAACAACAACAACAACAACAACAACAAGAAAAGAAGAAGGAUAUAACUACUACUAAAAGCAUUAGUACUGUCAUGGCUAUCCUCAACUACGCCGGCAAGCUCAUCCUGGCUCCGAUGGUCCGCUCCGGCGAGCUUCCCACUCGACUACUCUCACUACGCUACGGCGCAGAUCUCGUCUGGUCACCCGAGAUCGUCGACCAUAAAAUCGCCAUCUGCGCGCGCGAACCCAACCCUCGACUAAAAGCCGUCGACUUUGUCGCCCGGUACCCAAACAAGCCCGACCAAGUCGUCCUGCGCGCCCACAGUCUCGAGCGCUCGCGGCUCGUCUUCCAGCUCGGCACAUCCGACCCCGAGCUUGCGGUGAAAGCAGCCACAGUGGUCGCCGCCGACGUCGCCGGCAUCGAUCUCAACGCGGGCUGUCCGAAGCAUUUCUCGGUGCACUCUGGCUCCGGCGCAGGCCUGCUCAAAACCCCCGACAAGCUCGUCGCGAUCCUCGAGGCGCUCGUGGCCGAGGUCGGGAGAAAGUUUGGGAUCGGGAUUUCAGUCAAGAUUCGUAUUCUCGAUACCCCCGAAGACACAUUCACGCUCGUCAGGCGGCUCGUCAAGACAGGCAUCUCUGCGCUGACAGUGCACUGCCGAAAAGUCCCCAUGCGGCCGCGCGAGCGGGCAAUCAGAGAAGGAUAUCUGGCGCAGAUCGCCGAGAUUUGCCACGAAGCGGGCGUGGUCUGCGUCGCCAACGGAGACGUCUACUGCGGUGGUGAUCUCGAGCGGUUGAAGAAAGAGUACGGCGUCGACAGCGCGAUGAUUGCGACGGCGGCCGAGAAGAAUAUGUCGUGUUUCUCUGCGUCGGAGAAGGAGGAAGUGCGGCCGUGGCGGGAGAUGGUGUGCGAGUUUCUGGCGGUGGCGAAGGCGGUCGACAAUAAUCUCACAAACACAAAGUACUUGCUCCGAAACAUGCUUCCUGGUAAAGUACCAGAGAGACAGACUAUGGCCAACGCGAGGGACUACGAGCAAAUGUUUGAAGUUUUUCAGAUGAAGAAGGACGAGGGGGAUAUGAAGUGGGCUUCUAUCGAGCAGUUGCUGGCCAACAUGAGCCAGAGCCAGAGCCAGAGCCAGAGCCAGAGCGAGAGCCAGAGCCAGAGCCAGAGCCAGAGCCAGAGCCAGAGCCAGAGCAGUCGGAAGCGCGAGGCUGAGAAUGGUAAAGAGAUUGAGGAAGAGCAAGAGCUGAGGGUGAAGCGGUUCGAUGGAGUCGAGCAGGUGCAGUCCACAAACAAUGCUAUUGCUAUAUAGUCAAUACAUUUCCUAAAUAAGUAUAUACGCUACAUUUCCUAAACGAGCACGUCGGAUGCGGACGAUGACGUCAUCGGGAGAAAGGUGGAGCACCGGGUGUCGCGUGCCAGGCUUCCGACAGCAAGAGAUCAGAG